UUCUCCCUGGCACCAAGUCGCGUAGCAUACGUCAUCAGCAAGCGCCUCGACUGUCCGCUCGCGCACACACGCUUGUGUUUUCCUCGCCUCAUGGCAAAUUCCUUCUCGCGGCAGCUCGAGGAGCUCCUUAACCCGCUGCCAAAAUUCGCCGAUCCCGAGGACGACCAUGACGAGGCCACCAAAGCCCGACUCAGUGAGGCCUUCGCCGAUGACGACGUCGAGGAGGAGGUCGGCGUCGGCAUCCUGCGAAAGAAAAACGCCGUCCCUCUGGCCGACAGCGACGGAAGGUACCUGGGCAAGGCUGUCAGCCGACAGCAGAUCUUCCCCCACGACGAAGACGACCAACAAGACGACGACGAUUACUAUGAUGAUGACGACGACAUAAACGAGAAAGACGAGGAUGGCGUCCGUGAGCAUGAGGAGGAAGAAGAUGGUAGUGAUGAAGAAUUAGAGGAUGAGGAGGAGGAGGAGGAUGAUGAUGGAGAGGAGGCCAAAGCAGAGGCGUCCGAACAAGAAUCGGACGAUCUCGGCGCCGGCGAGAUGGACUUGGAAGACGGCGACGUGCGGGCCUUCUCCCGGGCCAAAGCGGGCGAGGAAGCGGAGAAGGGCCAGGCGGUCCGUCGCCAGCUGGCGCUGUGGGAUCGGCUGUUGCGGACACGCAUCCAGAUGCAGAAAGCGCUGGCCGGCGCCAACCGCCUACCCCGCCCGCACGUCCUCCCGCGCUUCCGGGCCCGAGGCGGCGCCCCGCUGGCCGCCGCCCUCCGGGACGCGCGUCGGGCUUCCGAGGCUUUAAGGAGCUCCUUGGCGGACCUCCACCUCCGGCUGUUGCGGCAGAGCGCCGUCACGUCCGUCCCGGAGACCCCGAAUGAGGGGAAUGCGGAGGACUACUCCGAGACGGCGGCCCGGCGUUUCGCCGCCUUCCGGCCGCACGGCAACACCGUCCUGCGUGAGUGGCAGGACAAAACGCGGCUGAGCUCGGCCAAGGGCGGUCGCUUCGCGGCGCUGGAGCGCGACGCCCCCGCCCAAGUGGAGCAGAUCCUCGGAGACCGGGAGCGGCUGCUCCGACGCACGCGCGCGCGGCGCUCCGACUACCGAGUCCUCGGAGACCCGCCGCUUCGGCUCCCUUCUCCGGAGGAGGACGGCGGCGCUCAGCGGGGCGCGGCGGCCGAGGAGGACGAGGACGCCUUCGACGACGACGACUUUUACCACCAGCUGUUACGCGAGUUGAUCGAGCGCAAGACGGCGGGGGAGGGCGGGCGCCAGUGGCUGCGGAUCCAGAAGCUGCGCGGCAAAAUGAAGAAGAAGCGGGUGGACACCAAGGCCAGCAAAGGUCGCAAGGUCAGGUUCCACGCGCACGCCAAGCUGCUCAACUUCAUGGCGCCCGUCGUCCGCGCCGACGACCUGGCCCGCGACGCCCGCGACCAACUCUUCCGGGGGCUGUUUGCCGUCCCCGACACUCGCUAUGUGGCGGGCUAGCGCCCCUUUUGGGAAACGAUCCAACCGUGUUCCUCCCAUUUUGUAUUUGUUGCCAUUAAAAGACACUUUUGAAGUGA